AUGGAAGACCCACGAGACUACUUCAACGCUAGAGAGGAUGUGGAUGGUGUCCGCUUUGCCUGGAAUACCUUCCCAUCAUGCAAAGCGGAUGCUGCUAAAUUGGUGGUUCCAACUGGUUGUAUGUACACCCCGCUCAAACAAUACGAGUCCCUCCAGAAGUGCUCGUACGACCCAGUAUUGUGCCACCAGUGUAAAUCUGUGUUGAACAAGUUUUGUCAUGUGGACGUGCAAUCUGGCGUAUGGAACUGUUGCAUUUGUACACAUAGAAACAACCUUCCUGCUCACUAUCGUGGCCGUGAACAAGAGGUGCCAGAAUUGGGACUCACCACCGUAGAGUACAUUACAAACAGAACAGUCAAGCUGCCUCCAAUUUUCUUUUUCGUAGUGGACUUGUGUCAAGACGAGGACAACUUGAACGCUUUGAAAAAGGCUUUGGCUGACUCCUUGCCAUACAUGCCUGAGAACGUCCUCGUUGGUUUGAUCACAUUCGGCCAAUUGGUUCAAGUGCAUGACUUGACCACUCCAGGUGCUAGAAAGUCGUACGUUUUCCGUGCCGGAAAAGAUUACACAGAGAAGGAGGUUGUCGAUAUGCUCCAUACUCCUAUCGCUGCGCAACCAGGACAACCUCCCAUUCAAAAUUCAUUGCACAGAUUCUUGCUACCACUCUCCGCGGUCGAGGAGGAGCUCACCGAUAUCUUGUUGAAUCUCUCUCCUGACCCAUGGCCUGUAGCUCACGGAAACAGAUCUGUUAGAUGUACAGGCUCGGCCAUCAACAUUGCCACUGCUAUUUUGGGUCAGACCUUUGCUGGGUUCGGCGCCAGAGUCUUCUUGUUUGUCGGUGGAUCAUGUACUACUGAACCGGGUCUUAUCGUUAAGACUCCACUCAAGGAGCCUAUCAGAUCUCAUUCUGACAUCGACAAAGAUAACGCACAAGCUAAAUACUACAAAAAAGCUGUCAAGUUCUAUGACAGCAUUGCUCAGAGAGCUGCCAAAAACUGCCAUGCAAUCGAUUUGUUUGGUGGAUGUCUUGACCAGGUCGGAUUUUUCGAGAUGAAGUCCAUGCCUUCUAAAACCAACGGUGUCUUGCUUCUAACCGAUGCGUUCACUACCACAAUCUUCUACAAUUCUUUCUUGAGUUUAUUUGAGAAAGAUGAAGAAGAUAACUUGCUCAUGGGCUUCAAUGCCACGCUCGAUCUCAGAUGUUCAAGAGAACUUAAAGUUGGAGGCAUGAUUGGUCACGCUUCUUCUACCAAUGUUAAAACAAAUGUUUCUGAUAUCGAAACUGGUGUGGGUGGCUCUUCGCAAUUUCGCAUGUGCACUAUUGCUCCAAACAGCUCUUACGCAAUCUUUUUCGAUGUGUCAAACCCACAACCAGCUCCGCCCAAUACUCCUCUGUAUUUGCAAUUUAUUACGCACUACCAGCAUUCCUCUGGCUAUUACAGAACCCGUGUCACUACCGUUUGCAACUUCAUGACACCCGAUGAAAGUAUCUUAGCAGGUUCUUUUGAUCAGGAAGCCGCAACUGCAUUGAUGGCUCGUUUGGCACUCUUCAAGUCUGAUCAAGAUGACGGCGCUGAUGUCUUGAGAUGGAUCGACCGUAGAUUGAUCAGUUUGUGCCAAAGAUUCACAGAUUACCGUAAAGAUGAUGAAAACUCAUUUGUGUUGCACCCCAAUUUUGCGUUGUAUCCUCAAUUCAUCUACCAUUUGAGAAGAUCCCAAUUUUUGCAAGUGUUCAACAAUUCUCCGGACGAGACUGCUUUCUACAGACAUAUUUUAAUGACUGAGGACACAUACAAUUCGAUGACAAUGAUUUCACCAACAUUGUUGUCAUUCUCAAUGGAACUGCCUGAGCCAGAGUCGGUGUUGUUGGACUCUGUCUCCAUUAAAGAGGACCGCAUCUUACUUUUGGACACAUUCUUCCAUAUUUUGAUCUUCCAUGGUAAAACUGUUGCUCUGUGGCGUAAACAGGGUUAUCAAGACCAAGAGGAUUACGCUUACUUCAAGGAGUUCUUACAGGCGCCUAGAGUGGAAGCCAGUGCAUUGCUCACUGGAAGAUUUCCAUUGCCUAGAUUCAUUGACACAGAGCAAAAUGGAUCGCAAGCUAGAUUCUUGUUCUCUAAGUUGAACCCAAGUACAACAUAUAACUCCGAUAGCGCUGUGCUGGGCGCUGAGCUGGGCGCUGUUGUGAUGACUGAUGAUAUCUCGUUACAGGCUUUCAUGUCUCAUUUGAGAAAGAUUGUUGUGGCUGGAUCUACCUAG